UGCCGACGCUAUUUGUGAAAGUUUUAGGGGACAUUUGGGUGAUCGUUUGACAGGCCUAAAGGUUUGGGGCGCAAUGUCGUGGGCGGGACCAGAAGAUAUCUUGUUCUCCACCUCCCUUGCAAGCUAUCUUGAUAAAAAGCUUCUUGUAUUAUUACGUGAUGGGCGAAAGCUUCUGGGUAUACUUUGUUCUUUUGACCAGUUUGCAAAUGUGGUUCUUCAAGGUGCUUGUGAGCGAGUAAUUGUAGGAGAUCUGUAUUGUGAUAUUCCUCUUGGUCUCUAUGUCAUUCGUGGGGAGAAUGUUGUCUUAAUAGGAGAAAUGGACUCAGAGAGGGAGGAGCUUCCAGCCCACAUGAUAUGUGUUUCAGAGUCAGAGAUUAGAAGGGCUCAAAGAGCAGAAAGGGAUGCCACAGAUCUGAAAGGCUCUAUGAGAAAAAGAAUGGAGUUCCUUGAUCUGGAUUGACAGCGCGCCCCAUCCUCCUCGGUCAUAUUCAUUACCAUUUUGGUAUGCUGAAAUCAUCUCAUCCGCAUCUUUUAUCGCGGUUCGUUUCGGAACGAUGACAUAAAGCCCCUUUCUCUCCCUUUACCUUAUCUAUUUGUGCUUGAUAAAGUUUGAAACUCGUGUCUGUGAUACUGCUCUUUCCUAUGGUAAUUCAUCAAAGACUUGGAAGUUCCAUAUUCCACUCGGUUCCCACCUGUGCUGUUUGACAUGUAAGUUUGUUAACUGAUGAUGAUGACUGAAAUGAUUCUGAUGAACAUGCAACAUUUCCUGUCUA